AUGGAAGAUGAGUUCAAUGCCCUUCUCGCCAACCGCAUGUGGGAUCUCGUUAUGCGUCCCGCCGGUGCCAAUGUGGUCACAGGAAAGUGGAUCUUCAAGCACAAGUUUCACUCUGAUGGUACUCUUGAUCGCUACAAGGCUCGCUGGGUUUUGCGCGGCUUCACACAACAUUCUAGUAUUGACUACGAUGAGACAUUUAGUCCUGUUGUGAAGCCUGCCACCGUUCGCACCGUUCUGAGUUUGGCAGUGUCCCGUGAUUGGCCGGUCCAUCAACUUGAUGUCAAGAACGCCUUCCUACAUAGACAGUGUACUGCAUUCAUCCUCCUAGUUUUGUUGACUCCUCUCGCCCCGACAUGA